GAAACGUUUGCCUCAAGCUUGCGUUAGUGAUUUGUGUUCAUGUCGACAACCCCGGUGGGUUCACUCCAGGUGUCGUGAACCUUUUGAUUCUCACUGACUCUCGCAGCCACCGUCGCCAACUCCGGCGAUCUCGCCUUCAAUAGCUUCUUUGGAAACAGAGGCGGCCCGGAGCCCUAUAAAUCAGAUUCCUUUCCUAGUGAUCUUCGCUUUCUAGCCUUCGACAGGCCUUGAAGUUUAAUGGCUGGCAACACUAUCCAUCGGACCUCCAGCGCCCCUAUGAAAACAAUUCUCCCCCCUCAAGAGCUCCUCGACGAUCUCUGCAGCCGGUUUGUUUUGAAUGUUCCACAAGAAGAUCUGGAGUCAUUUGAGAGGAUUUUUUUUCUUCUUGAACAAGCACAUUGGUUUUAUGAAGACAAUUCAGUGGAACAAAAUCCAGCCCUGAAGUCGCUUUCCUUCAAAGAGUUCACAUCUUUGAUGUUUAAUAAUUGUGCUGCUUUAAGACCAUAUAUCAAUCAUAUUGAUGACAUCUACAAGGACUUUACUACCUACAAGUUUCGAGUUCCAGUUAGUGGGGCAAUCAUAUUAGACGAGUCUUAUGAAAGGUGUUUACUUGUCAAAGGUUGGAAGAUCGGAGCUAGUUGGAGCUUUCCUCGUGGUAAAAAGAGCAAGGAUGAGGAAGAUCAUACGUGUGCAUAUCGUGAAGUAUUAGAGGAAACUGGAUUUGAUAUUUCAAAUCUCUUGAAUUUGGAUGACUAUAUUGAAGUUGUAAUUGGAGAACAGAGGGUUAGACUCUACAUAAUAGCAGGUGUGAAGGAAGAUACUGCAUUUGCACCUCUGACCAAGAAAGAGAUCAGUGAAAUCUCAUGGCACCGACUCGAUGAAAUUCUUCCAGCAAGCGAUGAAGUUUUUUCACGCGGAACAAAUGGCUUGAAGCUUUACAUGGUUGCACCAUUCCAAACUGCAUUAAAAGCAUGGAUUGCAGCUCAUCCUCCUCCCCCCGGCCAGAAAACGGAGGCAUCUGCAAAAGCUAUGUGUGUGUGGAAAGUGAAGAGCAGCAAUUUAGGUGGUGGCGCUUCCACUGCUGAUAACCAAUUGCAGAAAGCAGGAUCUGAUGCUCAGGAUGCCGCUGAUGUUAGGCCUGGUAGAAGCUUCAGAAAUUUCAGAUUUGAUGUUCCAAGCAUUCUGCAGUCCAUUGAUGCUGCUUUCUCUGCUAAUGAGAAUUAGAUUGGGUUUCUUAGCAUGGAUAGAUAAGAGAACUUUGUAUGUGGAUUAGGAGAAAUGAAAUGGUGAAGACUUUUAUGAAAUGAUUUCUUGGUUGCACUUGCUUCAA